GGCAGGGGCGGGCUCCCGGCGGUUGGUUGGAGCGUCGUAGCAGCCGAGAGGUCCGGGAAAGUUUCUUUGGAGGUGCGGCCGGGAGUGGCCAUGUCCCACGGCCCCAAGCAGCCCGGCGCGGCCUCAGCAGCCCUCUUCUGAUGACUCAGGCCCCUUGCUGCCAAAUCCGUCGUCGGGGGUGGGGAGUGGGAGUGACCCUGGCUUCCCGUGGCUCCAGGCCGGCGAGCGGCAAGGCUCCAGGACAGCAUGGGGGCUUCGUGGUGGCUGUCAAGCAAGAGCGCGGCGACGGCCCGCGGGCCGGAGAGAAGGGGUCCCACGAAGAGGAGCCGGUGAAGAAGCGCGGCUGGCCCAAAGGCAAGAAGCGGAAGAAGAUCCUGCCGAAUGGGCCCAAGGCACCUGUCACCGGCUACGUGCGUUUCCUAAACGAACGGCGCGAGCAGAUCCGGACGCGCCACCCGGACCUGCCCUUUCCCGAGAUCACCAAGAUGCUGGGUGCCGAGUGGAGCAAGCUGCAGCCAGCGGAGAAACAGCGGUACUUGGACGAGGCUGAACGGGAGAAGCAGCAGUACAUGAAGGAGCUGAGGGCCUACCAGCAGUCAGAAGCCUACAAGAUGUGUGCGGAGAAGAUCCAGGAAAAGAAGAUCAAGAAAGAGGACUCCGGCUCUGGGCUCAUGAAUACCCUUUUGAAUGGACACAAGGGUGGGGACUGUGAUGGCUUCUCAACUUUCGACGUCCCCAUUUUCACUGAAGAGUUCUUGGACCAAAACAAAGCGCGGGAGGCGGAGCUGCGGCGCCUGCGGAAGAUGAACGUGGCCUUCGAGGAGCAGAACGCGGUGCUGCAGAGGCACACGCAGAGCAUGAGCAGCGCGCGCGAGCGUUUGGAGCAGGAGCUGGCGCUGGAGGAGCGGCGGACGCUGGCGCUGCAGCAGCAGCUCCAGGCGGUGCGCCAGGCGCUCACCGCCAGCUUCGCUUCGCUGCCAGUGCCGGGCACCGGCGAAACGCCCACGCUCAGCACUCUGGAUUUCUACAUGGCCCGGCUGCACGGCGCCAUCGAGCGCGACCCCGCCCAGCACGAGAAGCUCAUCGUCCGCAUCAAGGAGAUCCUGGCCCAGGUCGCCAGUGAGCAUCUAUGAGGGUGUUGGCCGCCCCACGGAUCCAGAGAAGACUAAGCUCCAGUCAUGGCCCCUCCCCCAGUUGCACCCCCUGGAGGAGAGGUGGGGGUUCCAUCCUCUGGGGCCAGGCCUGAUCCUGCACCUUGGGGGCUCUAGCCCCCCUAAAAUUAAAUUUCUACAGCAUCCCUCUAGCUUUGAAUCUCCCCAGGUCCCCAUCCCAGAAAACACACCCACCAUGCACUGUGCACAGACUCCCAGGGCCCAGCCAGGCCUGUUGGCCUCACAGGUCACAUCACACUACACAGAUGUGGGAACACACGAGGGGCAAUGUAACCCGGGACAGGAGGAAACCCACAGCCGUUCACACUGCUGGUGUAGGGAGAGUUACACACCCUACACCCACUCCCCGGGACCAGCUCCCAGACCCAGGGCAGAGAAAACCCACAUCUAAUACACGGGGACUCCUGCCUGGCAGGUGUCACCCUAAGUACCCACACGGGCAGGCACCUUGCAGGGACAUACUCUCACACUCCUGGCGGGGCCAUCUAUCUGUCACCCUCGCAUUCCUGCACCCCUGAAUGGGGGGGCUGGCACCACCCCAUGCUCAUUCAGCUGAGAAACCACCAUGGAGGCAGUUUUUUGCCACCACUCGAUCUGGACUUUUUAAAUAAAAAAAAAAAAAGUGGAAUUUGAAUUUCAAACUUAAAUGAAUAUGUGCUUUUUUUUUUUAAAAGGGGAAUGGGCCAGGAUCCUCUGUUGGGGUCCCAGGGCUACCCUCUCCAGCCCCUGGCAACCACUAGUCCAUUUUCUGUCUCUGGAUUUACCUGUCCUAGAUGUUUUAUAUAAACGGAAUCACACACCGUG